AUGGAGGUCAGUGCUCGGUGUUCUGCUGUGCUCGUCCUCCUGCUUCUAUCUCAGGCCCUGUUGGUUGUUCACUCUCAGGAGGAGGAGGAGGCCGUCCAGGAAGAGGAGCUGCAGCUGCAGGAGGAGGAGCAGCAGGACAUUGAGACGUGGACGGCAGACGUGAAAGCCUGCACCUGUGACUGUGAGUCUGCAGGUUCUCCGACCGUCAGCACACCUGUGACGCUCUCCUCACUGCUGCCGACAGCGCCUCCUCAGGGUCAACCACUGAACUGCAUGCCAGAAUGUCCGUACCACAGAGCUCUGGGCUUUGAAUCUGGAUCUGUGGAGUCAGACCAGAUCAGCUGCUCCAGUCAGGACCAGUACUUGGGCUGGUACUCCUCCUGGGUCCCCUCCAAGGGUCGCCUCAACAACCAAGGCUUUGGGUGUGCAUGGCUCUCCAAGUUCAACGACCUGCAUCAGUGGAUCCAGAUCGACCUGAUGGAGGUCGGCGUGGUGUCGGGUAUCCUCACUCAGGGCCGCUGUGACGCUGACGAGUGGAUCACUAAAUACAGCAUCCAGUACCGCACGGUGGAGACGCUCAACUGGAUCUAUUACAAAGACCAGACAGGAAACAACAGGGUCUUCUAUGGGAACUCGGACCGAUCCUCCACGGUUCAGAACCUGCUGCGCCCCCCCAUCGUGGCCCGCUACAUCCGCCUGCUGCCACUGGGCUGGCACACCCGCAUCGCCAUGAGGCUGGAGCUGCUCAUGUGCAUGAACAGGUGUCCCUGA